AGAUUUAAUCUCUCUAUUUAUCAAAGAAAAACCAACUUUUCCAUGUGCUUCUGGCGGCACAAGAACAGGAGCAGCGGAACCACAAUAAUAAUAACCACAAAUAAGAACCACAAGAAUAGAAAUACACACAAGAAUAAUCACUUAAUUGAGCACAUAGGAAAAUACCACACACACAAAUCAUCACUUGAACACUUAACACUUGGAGAGAUGUUGAUUGUAUUCUCUUUCUUGAUGGAUCGCGCGGCGGAGGUCGGAUAUAUAUAUGCAGAGAAGCCCGGCGAUGGGUUGUUCCAAUCCGAGAUCGCUCUGAGACCGAGAUUCUCACUACACUAUUCUAUCUCUAGAUUGAUUGGUCUGAACACUUUUCAUGUGUGGAAAUGCCAGUUCCACGACUCCACGACUCCACGACUCCACGUCUUCUCGAUAUGCGUGCCGACGAACGCGCGACUUGGAAAGACGGGAGAACCUUGAAGCGGAUCUAGAGGGCGGGCGACUUGGUGGUCUUUCGUGGUCACCCGUCUUCCAUUACAACUGCGAAAGACGACGGAAUCAGGACAAGAUUGAAACUCAUUGGAAGCGUUAAUGUUCGCCACCAACGCGAGCAUAGCUUAUAAGUAAAUACAACUCUUCCCACCCAUACAUAUAUCGGGCCUGAAGUCAUUGGCUGUUGAGAAGCGAUACACGAAUAUGGCACAACGGAGCAUGUAUCCGGAGCGACAAGCACUAAUGUUCACCACCAAUCCGAGCAUUCGCAGUGCAGUAUCUUGGUCUCAAUGCAUUCAUGGUGCAUCCUGCGACUGGUGAAAAAUGCGAUGCGUUGAUUCCUAUUGCUUUAUUGGACGCUGGACACCGUAUACGCCGAUAGUUCUCAGGGAAAUACAUGUUCCAGUCUGCGCACAGGCACCUUCUUUACGUGAGACUCACGGCGGCGUGCCAUAGAAACACCUCUAGGAUUGUCUAUAUAAGAUCACUCCGCUUUGUUCUACUUCCUGAAUGUCUUCCAAUCUAAAACAACUUACCUCGAUUCUCUAGUUUCUAUUCCACUGCUACCGUUAUAUCUUAAUCUACAUAUAAGCUCCCUUCAAGGCGUCUUCUUCGUCUAUAACCUAUACACGUCGUUAGUUCCGACCUACUAAAUUCAAUCCUUUUUUCAACCGGCGGUUUCCACAGAUUGGUCCAACGUCGAUCUCAAGAUAUCAUGGAACCCAACGGAAUUUACGUCACUCUUUCCGUCAACGCGACGGAGUAUCAUUGGGGGAUCUACGUCACCGGCGACGACCUGCGCCAGGGCGUUGCCGUUCACCACGCCAACAACAAGACAGGCGGUUGGUCUUACGAGCGCAAAUAUACCAACAAUCUUGUUCGUUCAAAAAUGUUAGCAUUGGCACUGAGAGUCGGAACCGUUCCCCUGCCGCAGGGGCAUGCCCAAAUCGACCAUAUCUUGGGCGAUCCGAGUAUGAUUUCGCAGGAUUCGGGGUUUAGAUGUAGAGCUUGGGCGAUGGAUGCUGUGGCACGGCUACAUGAUGCAGGCAUUGUGAAUGCACCAGAUGUUUCAGAGGUGAUGACCAAAGCAUAUGAAAUUGCAAAUGCAAAUCGAUCUAAGAUAGAGCAAGGAAUUUGUUGUUGCAUCAUUCUAGAUGUAUUGCCUUGGAGUUUUCUUUGUGAUGUAGUGUUGUGCAUGUACAUGUACUUAGCUUGGAUUUGCCUCGUUUUGUACACCUUUUACCCCAAGGCGUAGCCGCUACUGCUAUAGCUUACGGACAAGUAAGCUACAAAUACAGAGUGAAAACCUGUUGGAAAAUAUCGCGUAUUUCGGACCGAAUUUUUUACUGAUCUUAUUGUGCGUAUCUUGUCUCUCAAACAAGUUCGCAACCAGAUUUGCAGAUUUACCUGCCUAUGACCUCAUGCGCUAAAGCUCUUAUUCAAUGCAACAAAACCUCGUGCUGGCUCUUCUUUCUGGUCUGAAAUUGAGCAAUUCAGACAAAAGAAAUGGUUGCUACAAAAGAUAAGAGAGUAUGACGUGCUCAAGAAACUCUUUGAAUUUUCAAAGUCUAAAUCCCCACUUGUGGACCAACUGUUAAGAAACAUAGGUUGGUGGUCGCUUAAGCACGCCACGGGCUUUAGAGACAAAGAAACACUCCAUACAAUAAGCAGGUCAGAAGGGACAGGUAUGAUCUCGGAGUAUCUGUUCAGCUUUCAGUUCAUCAGGGUAUUCAGGAAAUGCACUUUUCAUUGUCUCCAACCAAAGUGUCCAUACGCGCACAAUAUAACAGGCCUUGGUAAAAUCCCAAUACU